UGUAACGUUGAAAUGUUGAACCCAACAUGCUAUAUCAGUGUUUAAGCUACUAGAACGACUACCAGCCAGGGAAGCUUCAGGUCGAGCUAACGAGGAUGCGCCUAUGGCUUUUUUUCCCCACGUCCUCCACCUAGUCAGUAGCCACAGAGGGAGGAUGUUUAAUCUACAACAUGUGAAGGCUAUUCCCGUCUCAGUAACUAGCUAACCUUAACUAGAUCAGUGACCGUCGUUGUUUUUCCUCCAAUGUUCUGCAAGCAGCGAACUAGCAAGCUUAGACUCAUAUCUGAUACAAUAACGACGUUAGACAGCUAGACGUCAGUGUGUUUUCUGAAUAGAUCGAUCGAUCGAUCACAUAUCUCCUCUUCAUAUUUAAGACUGUGGCACCAUGUCUGAUCCGGAAUCCCCGGAUGCUAGUGACCCGGCCCAGAGAAGCUCCCUGCGAGGUCCAGAGAUGACGUCAGGGAAGCUGGAAGACUGCAGUCAAACACUGGAACUCAGUGUGGCUGUCAAAGAUGAUGAUGGUAAUGACGAGGAGGAGGCUGAUGAAGAGGAAGAGGAUAGCGAUGAUGUAGACUCUGGGCAGAAAGUUGUGAAAGUGGACAUGGAUGAGGAGGAAGGGUAG